ACAUUUUCAACACAUUACGUCGGACAAAUAAACUUUUCAGUUUUCUGUAAAAUAUAGGAAGUUAUAUAUGGGAAAUACAUUUUCAACAUAUUACGUCGGACAAAUAAACUUUUCAGUUUUCUGUAAAAUAUAAGGAUGUUUCAUACACCAGAUCACUACCACAGUAUAUCUAUGAGACUUUCUGAGGUUUUAGGUGAUAUUGGAGUUAAUGAAAAGCUGCUGCUAAAGAGAAGAAGGUCAGAGGUACUGGAAGAAACCAAUAAAGCAAUCAUAUACAGAGCAAGAAAAUGUCAAAUGACUGCUUAUAAUUUUGGCAGUUGGCCAGAAGGUACUACAACAACAGGACUUAGAUCAGACACUGACCAUCUUUUAACUCUUGAUUAUAUAAAUGUGAUACAGGACUGGUCAGAAUGGACUCUAGGUAAGUAUAACUUCCUGAUGAUCCAAAAUGAAACAUCACCUCCUGGAUAUUGUCUUCUACAGAGGCUUAGAGAUGAUACUCCACUUCCUUAUACACAUGAACAUAAUCAUUUUGUCAAGGACACUAGUGGACGGAUAUUGCUCAAGAAUACAAUUCUUGAUACCAUUGUGGAAGGAAUAGAGCAGAGACAAGGACCAUCAAUAGCAACAACACAACAGCCUGGUAUGCUAGAUAGAGACAUAGUAUCAGCAUUUCCUUGUACAUCAUGGCCACAAUCAGCUAAAGCUUGCCUAGGUCAUUUAGAUGUAAACAAUUGGCCUACAGCUAAUAUGUACAGAUAUAUAAAAACUACAAAGUGUUUUGUUGUUGGUGUUGGCAACAAAGUCAGUGAAAAUGCAGAUUUUGAAUGGAGACUUUCUACCUCAUUAGCUGAAAGGUGCUUGAUGUUCAGUUUGAACAUUACUCAAAUAAGAUGUUACAUUUUAAUGAAAAUGAUUAUAAAAACCUACAUUAAUCUUGACAAUGAAAGUUUCAUUUCCAGUUUCAUGUGUAAAACUGUUUUGUUUCACUGUAUAGAAAGUAAACCAUUAUAUAUAUGGAAGGAAUGUAACAUUUUAAGUUGUUUAACAUACUGCAUACUUACACUGAACAGAUGUAUAUCAUGUAGAAACUGUCCACAUUUCUUUGAUCGUGAAAACAACUUGAUGGCAGGAAAGUUUUCAGAUAAAGUAAAACAAGAGUUACUUCAAACAACAGCGAACCUGUUACCAUGUGAUGGAAUGUCACUUCUUGGAAUUCAGUUUGAUAAUGUUGGUGAAAGACUUCAGAUCAAGCUGAACAUAAUGAAUGGAGUACAUCAUAACAUUCCAAGCCCAGAUGAAUACACUAGACAUACUUCAGCUCAGUUAUUACGACAAACAGCUAGAUUUAUUUUAGACAUGCAUAAUGUUGUUAUUCAUGAGACCAAAGAUGAAAGUUUAGUUAUGAAAUUGAGAAUUCUGUUACAGAUAGUACAACAUUUAACUAGAUACUACAGGGAUGGUGAUAUGUUAGUUAAGGUAUCAAGCAGACUUCUAGCACCUAUAUAUUGCAGCUCUAUAGGGUCCCUGAUAGCCUCUCAUAACAUUCAAAUAAACAACACAGUUUCUCCUCAAGCACUAGCCUGGCUUGAAACAGGAUUUGACUCGGAUGUUGCUUCAAGCAGACUUAAACUUGCUUCUAUAUUGUAUUGUACAGGGCAAAUGGAAAGUGCAGCAUUUAUUCUUAAUGAUGUAGAUCAACGAUACAAUAUAGAAGUUACUCAGCCUCAAUGUAGCUGUUACGAUUUCCCUAUAACACACAAAAUAGGAUUUGAGCAGAUUUCCAGUCAAUAUGGUGAAGAAGCAGUUAAGUACAUGGUUGCAUAUUGUGUAAGAUUUAGUAGAGAAGAAAUAAAAUGUGUACCACAUGAACUUCAGUAUGAGAUGUUCAGAUCAACACAAGAGGACAUUCAACACAGAGAUAUAUCUGAUAAUAUCUGGAUGGACUGUGCUGUGGUAGACUCACUUCCAUACCUUUAUUUUCUACAAUACAAGACUUUAGGCAACCUAAACAGGCCCGAGGAACAGCAACAAGCACUGAACAAACUGGUAUGGGUGACUGAAACAGAGGACAACCUUGGACACAGAGAAACGGCACUGAAUCUACUUGGACAGUGCAUGGAACAGGAGAACAGACUAGAUGACGCUCUACAGUGUUACAUGUUAUCCCUACGUGAAAGGGAAACAAAUAAUGCAGCAAAAAUUCAUAUCUGCAGAUGUUUGGCUAACAUACGAUUAUAAAGACUCUGCCACAAAAUAUCAAAGUCAGUGAAACAUCUUGGGGGGGGGGGGGGGGGUGUUCAUGCAGAAGGUAUAUUCUCCGACACACUGUGUAUGUUGCAACAAUUUGUAAUUUUUAUUUCAUUAUUUGAUUGUUAAAACCCUUAUUGGGGAGUCAGGGGGCUCUCCCAUUGGAAAUUUUGAAAUACAGGCAUGA